UACGCUCAUGACGUGGCACCACCUCCUCCCCAUUGGCUGUGCUGUCACGUGCCCAACGACGCACGCACUAUAGACAUCUUUAGUCAGACGGAACUGGGGAGACGCCGUGACGUCACUCUGGUUCUGGACGCCGUGCGGUACGGACGCAGAAUGGAGGGCUGCUCGAGAGCUGCGAAAGCGGCCGAUGUUGGCCGUGGUGCCAUGUGCUCUGCGUUACCCAAGCAUUAUCGUGUCAUCUUGCCUCCGUUUCCAAAAGAUGGACUAAGGCUCGCAGUUGUAUUUACACUGCGACGUCACUGGACGCCCGUAUAGAAUCGACGAUUUCCGGAAGCGCCUGAAGGAUGCUGGAGUAAUUCAGCAGGUAGGUGGAAUUGACGCAUACCAAAUGUCGCACGUGUGGCUGCUGAACAUGAAGACAGAUGAGGCAACGGAGAUGCUGCUAGACGUCGGACCGCUAUUGGUGAAGAACUGGCCAUGCCCCGUCAUUGAUCCGGCGCGGCAAGAGCUCAGGAUUAAGCUACACUGGGUCGCGUUCGACGUCACUUCUGAGACCGUACGACGUGCCAUCUGAGUGUAAGGCGAGGUAAAGGAAGUCGUCAGUGGUCGGUGGAAGGCCAAGGACGUUGAGGGCGCCGAGUCAACGACUCGUCUUGUACGUCUCUUGCUGCGCGAGGGUGUCAGUGCACAUCGCAUUCCGCAUCAGAUGCGUCUUGGUAGCGGCACGGCGUUCGCGGUUGUGCCUGGAGGUGCCCCGUUAUGCCUUCGUUGCCACAAUACUGGACAUAUCCGACGUGAACGCCGAGUGUCCAGGUGCGCAGGUUGCCGAACGUUCGGGCACGAGGAGACUAGUUGUACUCGCUCGUACGCCAGAGCCGCAAGCGCAGGCGGAGAAGUGAACCGGAGCGAGGUGCUCAUGGACGAAGAGGAAGCGGAGAGCAUGGCCGUUAAUGCUGGCGUCCAUCAGCGACGCUGCCGCAGUGGCGGCGUCCUCCAGCGACGCAGGCUGGCAAGAGAACAGGGCAGCAGACGCUCGGGCAGGAGACGCCACUGUGGCAAACGCUUCGACGAGAAUGCACGAAGGGAGAGAAGGUUCGGCAGAGCGCCCUUCUGAAGCACACUUUUAAGGAAAGCAGCUGCCAACAAGCGUUUCCGGCACUGGUGAGAAAACAGAUGAACUCAAGAGCGCAGUAAGCGAGGCCGUCGCGGCGCUCGAAGACAGCGAUUCGACGGACGAGGCUGCAAUUAACGCGAAGACAACACCUGCGAAGCGCCGACUCGACUAAGCAGGCAUGGCGUCUCAAGACACGCGGCUACGAGCAACGGAGAGGCGUGGGAACGUGCCCGGAACCAAAAAGCUUCGUGUGGCCAGCGGUCGGCAUCGCCUAGACGCGGCGGCGGCAAGUCGACGCCCUGACCGUCGACUGGACUGUGGGAUGCUGCAAGACAAGGAGUGGACGUCGUGAGUGGAGGGCAAGUGUCGGGGGGCAGCGUUCCCCCUGACGGGGAGAGGCCGCAGCAAUGUUCUACGCACACUUUGUGCUGGCCAAGAAGGGCCCGCUGGCACGCAUCUGGCUGGCGGCCCACUGGGACAAGAAGCUGACGAAGGCGCACGUCUUUGAGACCAAUAUUGAGAGCAGCGUCGAGGGCAUCCUGCAGCCCAAGGUGAAGAUGGCACUGCGCACCUCCGGCCAUUUGCUGCUGGGCAUCGUGCGCAUCUACUCACGCAAGGCCAAGUACCUGCUCGCCGACUGCAAUGAAGCAUUCAUCAAGAUCAAGAUGGCCUUCCGGCCGGGAGCAGUCGACCUGCCUGAGGAGGGCAGGCAGGCUGCUCUCAGCACCAUCACGUUGCCUGAGGUGUUCCACGACUUUGAGGCCACCAUGCCCGACCUCAGCAACAUUGACAUGGAAGCGGCAGUUACGCUGAACCAAAGCCGUGCGGAAGACAUCACACUCAAGGAGGACUAUGGCUCGCUCAGCCUCAUCAAUGAUGACAAUUUUGGAGACAUGGGUUUUGACGACCCCGAGAUGGCUCGUGAGGCAACCAACAUAGAUGAGGCAUUUGACCAGGCCAGCCUUCUGCUGGGAGGGUCCAUGCUUGGGCGCCCCUCCGAGGUCCCCCGAGGUCCCUCUGCCUCCGCCGACAUUGAGGUUGGCGCGUCGUCUACUGCUGCCGAGAACUCGGCUCUGGGGGCAAUGCCGGUGCCCGGCGAGUCCAUCGAGGCCGGAAGGAAUGCUCGGGAAGGAGAAGCCGACCCUUUUGGAGCAGCGGCUGCUUCAACCGAGACUGAAGUGGCCGAGGAUGCCAGGGAAGGGACGCUACUCGAGGGUGAACCGAGUGGCUUGUUUGAGCCAGCGGGCCUCUUCGACGAUGCGCCACUGGGCCACGUGCCCUUAGACACCAGUGGGUCAGACCGGGAUGGGCCCUUGGGUGCUCCGGGACCCGCACCAGCAGUCCCCGACGCCCGGCCCGUUGACGAGAGUGACGAUGAUGACGACAUGUAUGAUAUGGGCCCUCCGUCAAUGGGUGCUCCGUCAGGGCCGUCCAGUCCUGGGAGCUCUGUCGGUGAUGCCAGGGACCUCGAUGGGGGUGCGACGACGUCGGCGGCUGCCGGAGCAGCCGGUCCGUCCUCCUCUUCGGCGAUGCCUGGUGUGGACGAAGGCCUGCUCGAUCAGCAACAGCAGGACGAAGCUGCAAUGCCCCCACCUCCACAGCCGCCCUCUGUGGAUUCGGCUCAGAUGGGUGGCGUGGAUGCUGGACCUGGAGAGCAGACGACGCUUCUCAACAACGAGGAUGAGAGCUUUGCCCUGGCGCCGUUAGACACCAUUGUCCAAGGUGUGGAGAAAGCCCGCGCCAAGCGGAAGCGCAAGCUGAUCGUCGACGAGGUGAAGAACAUCUCGGGAGAGGAGAUGAAGUCCCAGCUGUCGGACACGAGUGACAUUGUGACCACGCUGGACCUGGCGCCGCCCACGAAGCGCCUCAUGCACUGGAAGGAGACCGGAGGCGUCGAGAAGCUGUUCGCGCUGCCUGGCCGGCCGAUCUUGUCCAAGGCCCUCUCCCGCCUCUACCAGCGGCACCUGACGACGCGCUCCGUCGAAAACGAGCUGGCCGCUGGGGAGGAGCAUUUGCUGCAGCAGCUUGAAGAUGAGCAGGACACCAUUGUCGAGCAGCCGCAGCAGAUGCCGCAGCACGAGGACCACAUGCAGGAGAACAGCCUGGGGCACCACACGAAGCGACGACGCUUGGAAGAUGACCUUGUGGGUCCGCAUGCGGCGGGCAACGAGCAGCCGGCCCACCACUACGAUCUCGGCGCACCCGACUUUCCCCACGGUGGCCCUCCCAGCCACUUAGGCCCGCCUUCCGUCGACCCCUAUGCCUCCGUUGCCGUGGCAAGCAUGGUCCCACCACACCAGCAGGAGUACCAGCAGCCACAGCCGCAGACACCCCUGCAGGACGGCUGGCCCACACCUGCCGACUACACCUAUGCCCAGCCGCCUCCUCCACCGCACACGCCGGUGCCUGACUAUGCAGCGGCAUACCAGAUGCAGCAGCAGCAGCAGCAGGUGGCCAUGAUGGGUCACCAUCCGAUGACACCCCUGCACCACCCUCACCUCCAGCAGCAGCUCACGCCUGCCCCCCACCUGGAGGAAGAACACCACCAGCACCACCCGGGACACCACCAGGCAGCAGCGGCACUCUUUCCAACGCUCCAGCCAGACCAACUGCAGUCUGAAUACCCAGUUCAUCCAGCCACGCCUGUGCCAACACCUCAGUCACCUCCGGCAGCCAUGAUGCCUCCCACAGCCCAGAUGGGACCACCUCCGACACCACAGAUGAUGCACCCACCCACGCCGCAGAUGCAGCAUCAACAGGAGGAGACUCCGAGCAUGGAACCCUUGGCGCCACCAUCAGAGUUUGACGCCCUGGUGGCCUCGGGUCCAGCGCUGCAUGGCUUUGGGGGACCCAUGGAGUCAACAUCAGCUGAGCAGCAUCACUUAGAGGAGCCAGAGCCCGAGUCAGAGCCACAGAUGGAGCCACAUGCGUCGACGGAAGACCAGCAGCAGCAGCAGCAACAGGAGCAGCAGCAGCAGCAGCAGCAACAGCAGGACCGGUUGAUGGAGCAGGAGCAACAGCAGCAGGACCAGUUGACAGAGCAGCAGCAGCAGGACCAGUUGACAGAGCAGCAGCAGCAGGACCAGUUGGCCCAGCUGGACGACGACGAUGAGGACUAUGGGCCUCCCGCGUCUGUCGGACCAGCCGAGGAGCAGCUGGCUGACGAGACGUACGAACAGUUUGAGGAGCGGAUACUGAACAAGCGCACAGUACACAUGCUGCACAUGAUCCGGACGCCCCUCGAAGCGGGCCGCCAAGUGCGCUUCAGCGACAUUGCACGAGGCAGCAAUCGCAAACAGGUUGCGCAGAAGUUCUACACCUUCCUUGUGCUGAAGAAGCAGCAGGCUGUCGAGCUUCGGCAAGAGAGCGCCUUCGCCGAGCUCUACAUUGAGAAAGGACCCAAGUUUGAGCAGUCGCUCUAGCCCACCUCCACGACCAUCUCUUCUCACUCCCUUCCCCUCAGCCAUCGAGGCAGCACCUCCUCCUCUCCCAUGAACACCACUGUUAUCACCGUUGCACCCUUUUUGUAAACAAGCAUGCACGGACACACAGACUCUGCCUUGUGCAAGACGCUCCACCCUCAUUCGCCUCGUUCGCGGUUCUCAAGUAGCCGCCGCCACUCGCGACCCCCAACAAGUCACCACCGUCAUGUGCGCGAAACGACGCCAGUGCAACCCCCGAUGUGGACUCCUCCUCCCGCCGUCUCCAGCCCCCUCGGGGAGGAAAAACGCACCGAGAAUUCGCGCACGGUCUGCCGCAGUGUCCCGGAGUGCGCGUGCCAGCUUUGGUUUAGACCAAGAGCUCUUGACUCGGCCCUCCUUCAAGGUCGACGAUGGCCGUCGGCACUGUGAGAGCACGCGCGACAUGCAACCUGGCAGAAACAAACAAACACCCAGGCGGGAAACUUUUGGUUGGCGCACGUGUCUUUUCCUUCCUUCUUUUCAUCUCGUCUUCGUGUUUGCCACCGCUAAAAUUUUCUACUUGCCGAACUUUUGCGCUCGUUUUGCUGAAUGGUGCAAGUGGGGAUGAAAAAAGAAAGAGAGAGAGGGCCUGUAACAAAUAACGUGUGGUUUGUGUGAAAAAAUGCCUGCCACCUGCUUUCUGCUGUGAGGGAAAAGUUGGAAUCCACGGAGUCCACCAUUUUUUUCAGCGGUGUUGGUUCUUGGAUUCUCGAUGAUGGUAUUGCGUUAUUGUGGGAGAAGUAAGAUUGGGUUUGCCCUCUCCACCUUCUGUUGCCUCACAACAAUGCAAGCGUGUCAUUGUCUGAGUGCUCAUAUCUGGUAAUUGGCUUUCGCUGCAACCUCUCUUGCUAACGUUUAAAAAUGCAGUCUUUGCUAGUAGACACCGGUGUGUGCAUUCGGAAAAUCUUUGAACAGACGAGUCGUUGAAGAAAAGAAAGUGACAUUUUCUGUGAUUGCAUGCCGCACGGCUUUUGCUUGCCCAAGGCUUUGAGAAAUAAUGCCGGGCUUGUGUGGGCGUUCUGGCGCACACGGCAGGGUUCAAGGGAAGAAAAACGAAAAAAAAUCAACAAACGAAGAUGAAUGUGGGGCCACUUGUCAAUCAAAGCAUUUCUGCUUCCACAUCUCUCUGCACCAGGCCUAUCCACCAGAUCAUUGCUUGUCUAUACCCUCACUUUUUGCUGUACAUGACUUGCAAAUUCUUAAUUGGGGAGCGUGGGGUCUUCUUUUGGAAGGUCGGACAUUUGCAUCAACCUUUUUGUUUGUUUCGUUGUGCUUGGUUCAUGCUGUUGCACAUGCCUGUUUUUUUUAUUGCAUGUCGUUGCUGCUUCAUCGUGGAAUUUGUAUACUGUCCUGCCUUGGCUAUGACCUGCUGCAAGGCGGAUGGCUUGAUUUUCAGACCUUCUCACGCAGCCAGUGUGCCCUCUGUUGUCCUGUGCCUAUUUUGUACAGUCUGCAUUUGGGAGAGUAGAUUUUUGGGCUAGUCAUAGCACUGGAUUGACAAGAACAAGAAAGAUGACAGGAGGAGCACACGUGCUCUCGUCUUUCUUGUUCGUGUCAAUCCAGCGCUAUGACUUCACUUGCUGCAUUUGGGGUUUUCUUAGUCACUUUCAGUGAUUGGGCAGUACAGACGUGCCGUACAUCUUAGCUUGACAGCUUAUCACUAAUAUGCCACGCCCGCUUACAGUUACCAUAGCUGCCAUUGCCAAGCCAGCCCUGCUGCUUGCAAUGUAGGUUUUAAUGCGUGAGUUAUACUGGGGAAAAAAAAAAUAAGAUACAAAAAGAGGGUAAUAAAAAAGCUUGUGUAGUGCAACCUUAACUUUGAAAUGAAAGACCAAGCAAUACAAUCCUCAUUAAAGCGUGCCAGUUAAUUAGCACCGUGGUUGAACCUUGCAUCAGCAGUACUGAUUAGCUUGAGCGCCCAUAUAGGCUGGCUGAUGACUGGGAUGGUAGACAUAACAAUAAGCGGUAGUGCUGUGCUAAAACAGUUCAUUAUCAGUGGUGGUCCGAUUGUGCCAGUGCGAUGGAUUCCCAUCUGCCCAAGCCAAACAACUAUGGCUUGUGCGUGGGCUUUUUUUUUUUUGAGCACAACAAAAGUGCACAAAUGUUGUCCGAUUAUCAUCUUUGCUUUCUUUCCAGUUCAUAAUUCUAGGAGUUUUAUCUAGCAUUCUAGGUUCACUUAAGGUUUAUUUUUAGUAAAUGUUUAUUGUAUGUGAACUGGGCCCAAUGGGGUGAACUGCAUUGCUGUUAGAGUAAGCCACAGUGUCCGAGAACACUGGCAGCCUGUUAAAGCAGACUUCGAAUAACUUUCGUGGCCGCAAGUUAUGUUUUUGGACAUUUUCUUUUUUUUCGUACCUGGUGUUCAUAUUUUGCUGUCUGAAAGCUAUGUCAAAUUCUGUUGUUGCAUUCUUUUCUUUGCGAGGAAUUGUACCUCACAGUGUAUUAGAGCCUUUGGACUAUCACUGAUGUGCAACUAAUCUGUCAUUAGCUACAACUUGUCUGCUGUCAGCAUUCUAUUUUGUGUGUCCACUGUCGACAUUUUACUUUACUGCGUUUGUGGAGCAUAUCGUUCUGCCCAUUCUUUUUGUUUGAAUUUUUCUAAGGCACUCGGGAUCGUUCUCAGUGAAGUAGGUCUUACUAUUUGACCUUGGAAUCGUGAAAAGUUCUCAUUGUUUAGGGCUACUUUUGUUUUUGUGAAGAGUUUUGCAGCAAGCAGCUGUUUUAAAUCAAAAUGAAAAUGUUUUUGCACCAGCAUUCAAAGUGCUUCGCAAUAGCACCUCUCUCAACAAAGCAACUAUAUUUGGUCUAGUCGCACACAUGCUUUGUUUAUCUCUUUAUAUGCAUACAUACUUUUGUUCCAUGUUUUGGUGUAAGAAGUCAACACAAAUGGUGGCCCGUGUCGAGGGUGCAGAAUUGUGUCUUGCGUUUGGCUUUUUGAGAAUUCUUUUGCACGAGACUAUGCAAGCUGAAUGUAAACUACAUCUUUUCCAUUGUAACUUCAGCAUCGCUAGGGUGAGCUCCCACAUCGUUCUUACGACUCGCCCCCCGACUUUGCAGAAGUGCAAGGAUUCUCAUAAUCAUGUGGCAUGUGGAAAUUGGGAGAAGUCGUGAAGGGCUCUUCGUUGUGCUUUGCACAGGUCUGCAUCGUCUUUAAAACCUUGUGUCGGGGUAUACUUUGUACGCCCAUGCUUUCUCACCCAUGCCUCUUGUAUAUUGCAAGCAUCUACUACGCAUGUAUAUUUGCAGGUUGAUAAUGCAAGGAUGUUAUUGUCUUAACUCACGCGACACCUCAUUGUGCAGAGCUUGCCAGGAUAAAAUGUUAAGGCGUGAAUGUAGUGAGUGAGGGUGGUACAUUCUCGAAAGAAUUUGAGAGGGCAUGUCUUUGCAGGGUAUUGUGCGAUGGCGCUGUUGGCUGUGUAGUGUGUGAUACUUGAUUGAGUGUUGGUUGCCUCUGUUUACGAAUCAUUCUCUUGAAGAGGCAUAGGACCUUCAGUUGUGUUGGAGAGGCUUCUAAUAACUUUUGUUCGUUAAACAAAUUGUAUGAGACAUCAGAAUCUCUUCUUAAAUUAGAGGUGCAAGAGAGCAAGCAGGCAUCUCCAGCAGCGCCCAGUAACCAUACCGAGUAUCCAAAAUGUCAUCUUUGUCCGUUAAGAGCUUACUGGAAUGUUUAUCACUAGUGCACGCUGCAUCGAACCAUUGGCUCAGUGUAUCUGUGGUUCUGAUUGAAUUGAAUUGAGUGCUGCUGACUGAAGUGAUGUCAUCAGCAAGACGUUGUAUUGGAGCUGAAAUGGGGAGCACCACCAUUGCAAUUGUUCGCAGUGGACAGACUGGUCUAUGACUGUUGAAAAGCGUUGAUGUUUUUUUCUCGCACGCUUUGUAAUCGUGUGCAUCUUGGCACUGGAGCGCUGUCAUUUGUCCUGGUGGGGGCAUUACGACAACUCUGGUUUUAUUGUAGCCUUCUCUCGUGUUGUUUACGAUUGGUGGCACGAUUUAUUUUCGGGUGUGUGUGUCUUUCGAACGAGCACCAGUGUGUGGUCAGCCUGUGCUGAUCUGAUCUGUGACGGGUUUACACUUGUGAUGUACAAUAUCGAGAUCAUAGUUGUAAGAAGGCCGUAUAUGUGUGCGCGUCUGGAUUUUCAUUGAGCGUUGCAUCUCAAUUUGGCGAGAUCUUUUCAAAGACUCCACUGUUGCAAACUUCUAUUCCAGAGCAACUGUGCUCUUUUUUGUAAUUGCAUGGGCGAUUCAGUGGAGAAUGGACCUGUCAGGUUUAGGGUUUGCUUAUCGAUGUCUUUUUUUAAAGGAACUGUUGAAACCAUUUGUCUUGUAGUGCUGAUGUGCUCCGAGAUUGAACACUGCAUCGAUUGGAAUGUUUUUUCAUAUGACAGCAUGUUGAGCAUAAACAUUGUAGAGGAAGCAGGUGAGAUCAUUUCAGUGUGGUUGAUGCACUUGUAGACUGACGCAAGUUACCAGUGCAAUGUCUACAAUUUCCAUUGUUAAGCUUAAAGAAAAAUUCCUGUUGUUGCCAUAUGCAUUGCAGUCAAUGCUUCAUGUCAGGCUCUUCCAUUUGCAUUAGAACAUGUAAGUUGGGGUGCCUAGAUGCGAAGGCUUUCCUCGCUUUAUGUUGGAGUAUGCAGACAAUGGAACUUUCGUGCGACGUUGAGGCAGCCAAAAUUUGUAAAGGGAAAAAGACGACUAAUGGCUAAGGGAUUACAGGUAUAAAAUAUUAAUGAUGGCUACCAAAAUGGCUUAGUGGUAGCAGAAAUCUGGUUUUCACUGCAAUCUGCAUGUUUGUGUAUGCUGGCAGAUUCUCUUACUCUGUCGUCAUACAGGCCGUUGAACAAGAGUGGACUGAUAAUUGCUACAAGUGUGGGGGGAUGUAGUUGGACAAACCUGUAAACUGUUCAGGACGAAGUGACGCAAAAAUAUUUUUUUUCUCAUGAGUAACUGUUUCUAGUUGGAAAACAUCAGUUCUUAAUUUUUUAUAAAAUUAUUUUAAGUUGUAGCACAAGAUGUGCAUGGUGCUUCAUUCUUCAGUUCAUUUAAUUGUGUGAUGCUGUGAAAGUAUUGUCAUCUCUGCUCCCCAAGAAGGAGGGUGUUUUUGUCGCCCUGCGGAGCACUUCGCUCGUGGUGAAACAUUCUCGGUACUCUGUAGAUGUGUGCUUGCUUCUGUAUCGUUUCAUUUUUUUUAAAAAUCAAAAUGAUGUUACGCUUCUGUGUUAACAUGUCGCCAAAACUGUCGAGAGUAGGCGGACCUUGAUGUGUUGAGGCUCGAAGCAGCGAGAAGGGAAGUCUCAUCAUUGAGGCGUACAGGUGAGAGGGUCAUUUCCAGACAGACCAGGCACUCUUCGUUACUCAUCGUGGCAGCGGUCAUGGGCUGUCAAUUGUACAUUUGAGAAAGUGGCGGCACGGUUUAUGUGUGCGUGCCACCUCCGUCAUGAUUGAAGGCAGGAUGAGUCCAGUGUAAAUAAUUCAUAAAAAGCACACACACCAGAUAUCAAGAAGGGCUUGGUCACGGCAACGUGCAACUCUCAGCAGCCAACUCUUAUUGUGAUGAGUCUGAUUGUUAGGACAAGCUUACUUCUGAGAGGUGGGUUUAAGAAAAAAAUUAAUAGAAAAAAAGAUGGUGCUUGUGCUGUUACUUUACAAUACCCUCGCUCUUCCCGCAGCUGAGACUUGCACGUUGCCCCCCCAAAAAUGUACAUGCGCCUUUCUUUUUGUUGUUGAAAAGCAUAGUUGUGUUGCCAACUUCAGCGAAAAAAUCCUUGCAUUCAUUGUCUAAAAGAAAACAAAGCAGAUUAGUGUAAUCAUAUUGUUUUCUUCUUUUUGUAUGAAAUAAAGAAAUAUAUUGUGAAUAUGCCAUCCACA